CCUUAAUCUCCCUCUUAACUUUCCAUCUGUCACUUGUCCCCCUACUGCAGAAGCGCAGCCAGCCAGACUUCAGAGCUCCCCAGGGGCACUAGGCUUCCAGCGCUGGGGCCUGGAGGGCCAGCUGGGGCGGAGCUCGGCUCACGGGGAGGUUGUCGAGCCGCAGCCGAGACUCAGAGGCUGGGGCCUGGCCACGGGGGCGCGCAGGGCCGGCGCGGAUCUGCCAGCACGUGAACUCCACCUCCAGGCUGGCUUGGCGCCUAGCGGUGGGGCUGCUGGUCUCCGCCCAGCUCCAGCGCCGCCUCAGCUCUUGGCAUAGUAAUCUCAGUUCCUGAUCGCGCAGAGCUAGCUCCAGGCUGCAGUGGACGGAGGCAUGCCCACCAGCAUCGGUGUGGCCGAGCCAGGGCUGGGAACACACGUGCGACUGGAAGCCUAGUACCCCGCACAGGCAACGGCCCAGCCAGCGACAGCCCGCCCGAGCAGGCCAGUUCACCAGAGGACUCGUCCCUAUGUCUUCCCCCUGAGUUCUGACUACUUUCCAGUGGAAAACAGACGUGAGACAGGCACUGGAGUGCUCUUGGAGAGAAGUCCCAUGGGGACUGUACCUGACCCUCUGAGAGUGACGAAGGCCUCCAUGGUGGCAGCUUCUGGGAAAGAAGAGGGUCGAGGAGAGCUGCAGAGUAUCUCCCCACAACAGGCUCAGCCAGAGAAGAAUGCUAGUGGCCUUGGCAACACCCCUGCUGAACUCAGCCUCAGGCUCAGUGCAGCUGCUGAGGCCCUGAUGCAAGCAUGUGUGCAUGAGACCAGCCAGCAAGACAUGGCCGCGCCUGUUCUACAUGAGGCGGCACCAGUGUCCCACACACACAGCACUCCCGAUGACCCCCAGCUGCAAGGAAGCCAGGAGCUGGCAGCUCCAGGCCCAGAUCCUACUGCAGAAGGGGAACUUACACCUGCACCAUGUUUAAUGCCAGCCGUCCAGCUCACUCACCAUGCCACCCGAGGUGACCCGCCAGAUACUAGCACCUCUCUGGUACCUGAAGAUUCCUUGGUGAAGUCAAAGGCAAACUCAAACAGUGGCAAACCUGAGAAGUCAAAUUGUUGCAGCAGCAGAAAUGAAGUACUCUGUGAUUUUCCUUCUCCAGAAAAUAUGCAGGGGAUUGUGCAGGCUUCAGACCCGGCAAGGGGGGUUCCCUCAUCCCCUUCUGCUGACAGACCUGAUGGGGAAGGGCAAAAAGUCAACAGUAAUACCACAGUAGGGCCCAAGGAACCUCUAGCAAGAGGAGGAUGCUCAGGGAACAAUCAGCCCUCUGCCACCGCCUUGGACACCACAGGUGAAGGGUCUGAAAAGCUUCCCGCAGACCCCCUGGCCAGCGGAGACUCCACAUGCUCUCCAGAUGCAAAGAAGGUACCGCUGCCAGUGCAGAGUCCCGUGUCAAGGUUCAAAGAAGCCAGUACCAUGACCUGCCAAGCUGAAAGGGAGACUAAGGAGGUCCCUGGAAGGGCUUGGCAAGAUGCGGAGGUGCAGGCAGUGGCAAGCGUGGAGAGCAGGUCCGUCUCUACUAGCCCCAGCAUCCUCCCCGCAUCCUUAAAGGAAACUCCUGUUCCUGAGCAGGAGAACGGGCAAGAGCAGCUACGUGUAGUGUGCCAUGGUGAAAGCCGUGGAGGCCACUCACUGGAACUCUCUAACAGCAUGAUAGACUCCCAGGAGUCAAGGCAGUACGUUGCCUUUGUGCCACAGGUGCACAUCCAGCCAGCUGCUGCCACUCCGGCAGCUUCCCAAGGGGGAUGCCAACCGGAAAACCAACCGGGGAAAGCCUUUAAACCCUCACUGAUGGCCUCCAGUCAAAACCAUGCUACAGUGGGUGAUGGCCAGUCUUCAUCAAGCAAAGAAACAACCUCCAGGCAGCUUACAGGUACUAAUCCUGGCUCCCAGAAAGGCAGCCCCAUUGGCCAGACUUCCCUCAUUGCUGGAGGUCAAGCUGAGAUAAGCCACGGGUUAGGGAACUCUGAACCCAGGCCACCUGAAUUUGUAGUGAAAACUACAAAUGACCACAAAGCAGAACCAGACUGCAAACUACCUGACUCGCGCGGAGGUGCCAGUACAGAUGACCAGCUGGAGAGCUUGAACCCCAGCGAUAACAGGAGGGUAAAGGACGGGAAGCCCGCUUCUCCUCCUAUUGUCAAAGGACACGCACCUGGAACCACCUGCACCCUGGAUGCCAAAACCCUACUACUAAAUCCUAAACCUCAAGAAAGUGAAGGGACAGGAUCAGAGGCCAACCUUGCACCCUCCCCAGGGAGGAAGAGCCAGCAGAACACCAUGGAAGAGCACAGACAGGCCAAGACAGCCACGAGUCUCAGCCUGCCAUCCGAUGACACAGGCGAAUCUAGCCCAGGAUCUGGCAAGAGGACCCCUUCUCGCUCGGUCAAGGCCAGCCCACGCAGGGCCAGCCGGGUGAGCGAGUUCCUGAAGGAGCUCAACGUGACGGCAGCUGCUGCCCAGGUGGGGCUCACACCUGGAGAAAAGAAGAAACAGAUGGGUGCAGACUCCAAGCUGCACCUGAAACAGUCCAAGCGAGUCAGGGAUGUAGUGUGGGAUGACCAGGGCAUGACCUGGGAAGUGUAUGGUGCUUCCUUGGACCCAGAGUCCUUGGGAAUUGCCAUCCAGAACCAUUUACAAAGACAAAUUAAGGAACACGAGAAGCUAGUUAAAACACAAAGUGGCCAGACUCGAAGAUCUAUUUCCUCAGAUUCCUCUUCAAGUAAGAAGCUCAAAGGGAGACAGCAGGGCGUUCUGCAGUCCAUGCUGCAAAACUUCCGGCGCCCCAACUGCUGUGUUCGCCCUGCCCCGUCUUCUGUGUUGGACUGAAAGGAAGCAGCGCCGCUGUAUGGGUUGUGGUAUUCCUUCUGUCUAUCCCUGUCAAACCUUAAGAGUUUGGGUUUCUGUUUUGUUUGGGGUUUGUUGUCACUGUUGUUUUCUUAAGAGACCUAGGAGUAAAAGCAACUAUUAAGUUUAAGAUUUAUCUAUUACUAACUAUCCAGUCCUACAUAAAAAAAAUGCCAUUUCCCAUUGACAGAACACAAGAAGUGAAACAAAGCUAGGAGAUGGUCCGCACCCCUAAUUCAGAAGAAAUAAUCCUCACUGAGGUUUUUUGUUUUUUUUUUAAACACGUAAUUGUUUAUACAGAUACAUUUUCACUACACAUGCGCCAUUUGGUAUUAUCACCUCAGUCUAUUGCAGAGUGGUAUUGCCACUAAAAUAUCUGCUUUACAUUAAAACUAGCAAAAACCACUAUUAGCAACACUGUGAUGACUUCUUACGAAGUAAGGAUGCUAGCACCACGAAGGUUUAAGUAGUUCAUAAGAACCUCAAUAUGAAAAACUGAAACAAAUUCGAUUCAUUCCUGGGACAAAUAAGAUGAAAUGAAAGUAAUCAAAAGCACUUACUAACAAAUAUGAUUUGGCUAUAAUCAUCUGAAGCUAACCUGUUUUUUAUGUGAACAAGUUCUAGCUAGAAAACUUAGCUACGCCUCCAAGUAUGAGUACUGCCUGUACCAAACAGGAAUUUAAAUCUGUACGUUUUUCUGCACUGAAAGCGAAGUGUGCCUCUGUGCUUCUGAGCAAAUUAAAGUGGUAUUUUCUCACAGUACACGAAGUGUCCACGACUAGAGUCAUGAAAUGAAGGAUAACAGUAAAUUUUGAAUUGUAAAUUCAUCCUCUGGUAACAGUUUCUGCUUCCUCAAAUGUACAACCUGGAUUCCUUCAAGAUUUAUCUUUUUCUUUUGUUUCGUUUUUUUUUUUUUUUUGUUUUUUCAAAACAGGGUUUCUCUGUGUAGCUUUGGAGCCUGUCCUGGUACUUGCUCUGUAGACGAGGCUAGCCUCUGCCUCCCAAGAGCUGGGAUUAAAGGCAUGUACCACAACCGCCAGGCUCAGAUUAUCACUUUUAAGAGACAUACUUCAGAGAUCUUCAUGAAAUCUUGAGCUUGGGUGGCCAUGUUCUCUCACUGGUUUCUACUGAAGGAUAAACAUGGGUCAUGGGAACAUCCUUGGGGCCCUGAGCUGGGUUAAGAGCAACAGCUUGCACAUUGGGGUUGUAUGCAGACCAGGCAUUCGGGGAAGACCUUCCUUUUGGCAUUCAUCAUCUCUAGCCAGUGCUGACCUGAAGGUCGCUGUUAAUACACUCAACUAAAUGUGAAAGAAAGAGCAACCGCUAACUGCUUUUGCCGAAAUCACUCCUCAUGAGGCUCAAGUAUCAAUGGUAUACCCAAAUAUCUAUUUUGGCUUUUUCAAAUUAUUUCUAAUUUGUAGAUCAUAAACAUGAAAAUUAUACCUGAGCUCUGAAACUGUUGCAUUUGAUUUCUAAGAAAGCAAUGUAACUGUGUAUGUGACUGCAUAAGUAGGCCAUGGUGACAGCACUCUCUGAGUUGGAGGAUGAUAAUUACAGUGUUAUACUUGGAACUUACAAUGAAUUUUUUAAUAAGGCACAUUUUCAGUUUCUUACCAAUUGGCCUCUAUUAAGAAUGCCUUAUAAAGUAGAAAUCACUGCCAAAUUACUGAUCAAAUUACUAUAUUAAUGGUUGGAGAUUUAGCCUAAAACUCUCUUUUAGUGUAAGUACUCAUUUGUCUCAGAUGCCUUUGCUGGAACUUGAUCUGUCUCCCAUCUUGCACACACUGGGGCCUUCUGUCACCUGUCAGCACUCACACUGUGCAUACCCUGCAUACCCAGGAGCAGCUGUCCCCAGGGCCCACUCCAGAUGGCGGGCCCUAGCAAUCCUUUGCUGUGAAGUGCUACAACAGGAAAGAAGAAAGAAUUCUGAUCAGCAAUAGUGUUUGUGGGUUUAGAGGAAGCAUAGCUGCCUAGACAGAUCAAUGAAGCCGAGGACUGGGAGAGCUGUAGGCAUCUCUGUCCCAGAUUCAGUCAAUCAAAGCUGCUCGGUUGGGUGUUACAGUUGCGCCUCUCUAAUCCAAACCUUAAGAAGAAAUAUUUGAUUAAUAAGUUUGGUUUUCUUUGGUACUAGAACUAACUUCAUAAUUUCUACAAGACUGAAAAAAAAUCACAAAAUGAUAAAAAGAGGUUUUGUUCUUUGUUCAUUUUGAAUCUUAUAGAAUUGAAGGCUUUUAGAAACAGCAGUGGAAAUGCCUUACCAAAUGGAUACAUGAAGCUGGGAACCUGUUUGGGUGUUUAUAUCAUGGUACCUACCUGUAGACACUCUCAUAGUAAAAUCCUAUGUAAAGAUUUUCCUUCCUGUAGGUCCAUGAUGUAACAUUUGACCUUCAGGACAUCACUGGGACCCCUUGCCUUCUUUAUCCAGGGAGGCACGUGGUGGCUUUCCUGGCACCCUCAUCAUCGCUUGCUGUGCCUGCCUUUUCUGUGUAGCAUACACUAGUUUGGGAGUUAUUUGUGUCAGCCAUUAAUUUUUUCACAUGUCAUUUAGACCUUCCUAAUAUAUCUCAGAUUUUGAAAUAGAGAUAGUAAAUGUUUUAUUAAAGAAAGAAAGAGAAAAUAUUUCCUGCAUCAGUAAUAAAGGAAGUGAGAACUCAGGGUCUAGCAGUCCAUUCAACAUUUUCAAUGCAAAAAUGCUAAUUAAUAAAUACUGUGAUUAUUCUGUUUCUGUGACUGUGAGACAAACACCCCAACUUCCACUAUAAUUUGCUUAUUCAAUGAUUUUAUAACAACAUCUGUUUGAAUUAGUGGGUUUUGAUGCCGUGACCAUCUGAUCAACCCUUCAUUUUGAAUCAGUGACAUUAGAUAAGCAUUAUAUUAUGUCAAAGUUAACCAGAAACCCGUUCAUGUGUAUGUAUGUCCAAAAUGAAAUAGUUGUAAAACAGAUUCGUGUUUUCCUACCUUGACCAGCUCAGCUAUGUAGAAUGUGAUUUGAUCUUUGAUAGAUUUUUAUUCUUAGAAAUCAUCUGAUACACAUCAUUUUGGAUAUCUGUAUUCCCUGUGUUGUAGAUUAAAUAUAAAACUGAAGUAAGUUGGACUGAAUGUGCAUGUAAAACAUUAAGGUGCAGAGGUUGGACUUUGUAAGCAAAUCCUUAACCAGAGGUAGCUAUCUCAAAGUAGAAAGAUAAACAUAAGGAAACUGUCAUUUGAUUGGAUCUGAGAGACUUGGGAUUUUGCUGUUCCCAGUUGGUUCGUUUUGCUUCCUUUUGGGAUCCUCCGGCAUCUGGGCAUGGUAUAUAUACCACAUCAAAAGUAGAACACAAUGGUAUUUCAGCUCUUAUUUGUAGGGGAUGUGUGAGAGUGUUCCCUUAAUGUCACUUGCCAGCCAUUUUUGUAUUCACUCUUUACAUUUACUGCAAAUAUGUGAGAAAUCACCGUCUCCUUUCACUUCUCCAGUGAAAGUGUUUUUAAAAGGUCCCCUUCUAGUGCCACGUAAUUCCCCAUAUUUCUUGUCUACUUUUUUAGAUAAGUACAAAGAAAACAAUGUAUUAGAAUAACACCUAUGUAUAGGUUUAUGUGCUUUUAUUGAACACUGGCCUGCCAUUUUCUGUAGACUCAGAUUUACUAAUUAUCUACAGUGCUGCCAUGGAGAUGAGGAUGUCUACUUUCUCCUGCUUUAUUCUAAGUGGUGUAUGAGAAAUAAGCUUAAAAACUCCCCAGUGUUGUGACAUGGUGGAACUCUGAAGGAUCUUAAGUGAGCUGAUGUCAUUGACACUACCACUGCUUUGUCUACGUGACGAAUCAGAAGUCUUGUUUCUGUCCCCGUCAGUACCUACUGUGUCACAUUUCUAACCCAGCAUGUCAUUUCUGUUAGCCCUGUGGCUUGUGUGUGGCCUCUUUGGUUGGUUCUUUCCAAAUGCAGGUCACCUGCUGCCCCCUGGCAAAUGAAACUGCAGUCUGUGAAUCUCCUGCUGUCCUUAGGACUCUACCCUAUCCUAACAAAAUUCUACAACUGAUGAGUGAUUGUAAAAGUUAUCUGUGCACACACAUAGGCUUAUGAAUAACUAUGUAAUUUUGAACAGUUUUGCAAAAAUAGCUUUGUACAUAUUGAAGCAGUUUUCCAUGAACUUUAUCUUCCUUUUGGAAGAAAAAGUAUUUUCUUUGGCUACGAAAAUCAAAUAAGUUUGAUUUUCAAUGACCAAGAAAAUAAGUGAAGAACUGAGGUGGAGCGUUUAUGUCUCACAAUGAUAUCUGCAAGAGGUCUUUAUUGCUGUGUUUAACGCUGAACACUCACCAGCUCAGCUACUCACUUGCCACAACCAAAUAACCUCUCUCAAAGCAAACUCAGUACAUCUGUAAAUGUGUGUCUGUAUAAACACACAGCAGACAAUCCUGAAGACACUUCUGCUGUUAGGAAAAUCAAGAUGACAAUAAUUAUAAAGGACACCGAAAUAAGUGCAGACUCUGUGAGAUGGUGGUGGGGUCCCAGAAUGGUGCAACAAGAUGCUAUUUCUGCAUCUGUUUCCUCAGACCCAGGUAUCUCAGAAGCCAAUUUGAGAAUAAAGACUGUUGACUGUGAAACUAAAGCUGAGCAAUACUGUGCCAAAAAGAGGCAGUUGUACCAGCAAGUGCACCAGCACAUAUUAUAUAACUAUAGUUUGCUCUGCGAAGAUGGACUAACUCAGGAUAUGUGGAGGGACAACUUCUGCUUUCUGCUGGAAAGCCUGGCUCAGUGCUUCACAUGUGGAAGCAGCACACCCAUGACCAGGAGCAGAGAUAAGCUUGCAUCUCUGUCUCGUGUCAGCCAUGACAGAAGAGGAACCACUGAAAGUCUUGCUGGCCUCAAACUCAAAUCAGCUGCAACCAGAACCUUUGUCAAAUAAAAGGACUGAAUUUACAGGAAUUUCUCUUCCUGGACACUAGAAUGCCAUAUGCAAUUCACUUAAGUGGAUAUAGUGGUUUGCUGUACUUAGCAGUGUAAAGCAGGCUCCCAAAAGUGCAGAAACGUGACCCCUUCUCGCAAAAGGAACAUCAAAUAAUGCCUUACAGAGAAAGUUCUAGAUGAUGUCUGAGUACUAAUGACUCAUCAAGUGUCUUUCUGGGUUCAAGUUCAAAAUUAAUUGGCUGCAAAGUAUUAGGAAUUAAGUCACGUAUUGUGCACUUCAGGAAAAGACAGUGAUGAUCAACUAACAAAAUGAUAAUUAUGAUGAAAUGUUCUCAUGAAUUACAAUUGCUAGGGAAAAGUAAAUGGGCGAAAAUGUCUAACCUCUACAUCUCUUCAACAUGGAAAAGUCAUCAGCCCCACCCUGGGGUGGGGCUAGAGAAAAUUAUAAUUUGGGUUUAUUUUGUUUUAACAUUGCUGCUAGUAUUAACUUUUGUUAUUUUAAAAAUGAACCUGUCUCCUAGGGGAGCACUUCUAAAUAUUAAAUAGUUUCUGUCUGAUGCAUGUAGUGUAUAAUAGCUCUUUGUGAAGGUGGUAUGUGGAGCAAACCACACCAGAUGAGCAUAAGGAGCUUGUCUGUGUCUGGAGGUACUCUUACUGAUUGACUUUCUUUUUGGGCCUUGUCUCAGAGUAAGUCACUGUCUGCCAUGUCUUAAAAUAAUAUAUUGUGGGAUGGCAGGGUCCUAGUCCUGCAUCUCAGUCCUUAAAAGGGAGGAAUGACUACUAAUGCUUGCUAUUAGGGGAUCUACAGGUACCUCCUAUCAAGCAUGGCAGAAGUCAAGUUGGCCUGAAAAGUCAAGAAAAACUCUCUGAGUAGCAAUUCCUAAAUCUCUAUAUUUACUCCUGCUGUACCAAUGUGUGAAAAAUAUGUUGUGCAUAAUACUGUAGCUGGUUGUGGUAUAUCUAUACAUUCUGUAAGUGUGCAAAAUCUGUGAGUGACUGUCACUUUUAUGUGUAGAAAAAAAAGCAUGCUAUCACCCAUUUAAAGGCUAUUUCUUAUUAUGAGUUAGGCAUAUGCAGGAAAGUGAAUAAAUACAACAAAAGUGCUCAUGUAUGUUCAGUGACAGAAUGUAUCCUUUCAGUUGAAGGUCAGGAGGAACCAGGCUUGGUUUGUUUGUUUUUUUCUUUUGUUUUGUUUUGUUGUUUGUUUUUUGUUGUUGUUUUUGUUUGUUUUUUAUCAUCUACAAGAGUAGCCAGCAUAAUUACCACAAAGGCUGAAUGGAGCGGUCUGUACAUUGGCAUGUUACUAAAUAUGCCAGAGCUAAUUUCACAUGCCAUUAGUCACAAGUAAGGUCAGUUCUUUGACCACUGGGUUGAUUUACAUUCCUCACACAUCCUCUGUGCUAAGUGUGUGACUGUAUGUACAUACCAUGGGUGUGAUUGUGUACAUACCUUGUAUGAAUUACCUAAAUUCUCUAAGCAGUUGCAGGAAAGCAAAAUGAAGAAACAAUUACUCAAAAGCCUCAAAAGGGCUAAUCAAUGUGUAUUUUCAUUUUCUACACAUAAAAUGUAUAUAUAACCAUAUGUAAAUAGCAUAUUCAAAUAGAUGUACACGCAAAUACACUUAUUCAUACUACUACAUUAGAAUAAGUCAUUAACAAAUUAAAACAACUAAUUUUUAUGUGUAAGAAAGUCCAGCCUAUUUAACAUCUCACUGAGUCUGGCAUCUAAACAGUUUCAGAGGAUUAAUGCUGUUUCCUAAAUACAGAACUAUAUCUGGAAAUGGCACACACUGGGGAAGACUACUUAUAUUUUGGAAGCUGAAUUUGGACUUUACCAGCACGUAUAUUCACAGCCUGACAGAAAGAUUACAUUUUUUGUUGAAGUCUCUCUGAAUGUCUCCAGUGUACAUAAUACUCAAAGUAGAGACAAUCACGGGCCUUCUCUUGAGAUUAGUGAAAUGAUGUGUACCCACACUGAAGAGAAAUAAAAGUUCAAAGUGAAAAUUAAUUAUAGGCCAUGUUGAUAGAUAGGACAACAUGAGCAAUUGGGAGUUCCUUAAGAAAGACUUGGUGCUCUGCAGACUAAUCCCAAGGCCAGUGUCAUUAACCAGUUAUUGACAGUGUUGUAUGAAAACACCCAGCUUAUUGGUUUUCAUCAAUGAAUUGAUCAAAGUUCUCUCAUUUCUUCUCAAAGAAAAUUCUUUGUUAAAUAAAGAUCAGAGACUGGCAUUCUUAAAAGUAGUAUCAUUUGACCCUGACUCUGUGGCACUGAAAACUGUUAGCUAGUUGUUGGACUGACAAUAUGAACAGAAAUAUCAGAGUUGUCCCUUGAUAGAGAAUUAUAUUAGGAAAGCACAAAUACAGCCACUUUUCACUAAAGGUUAUGAAUAACAUUUGAACACACAUUCAUGGUUUGGAGAGUCUAUGUACAGUCUUCACACCUUAGAGAUGGGUAAGGCUAAUCAAUUGUAGAGACACUACAUGGUGACUGCAGCUGCCUGGGUUUACCUGUGAUAAAAAUACAAUUCCUGAAAUCUUGAUGUUCACCAGUGUUUGCUCUUACAUUAAAGAAAAUGUAUGUACUCUUUAAAAAUGUGUAUCAGUUUAAAUAUCAUCAAAAAUCCUGUCAAUGUGGCAGAAUUAUUGAGAAAGACCAAAAUGAACUACCAUAUCCAAUCACUGAACAAACACAAUACUCAUAUUUCAAAGAAUGAAAGUAGUUAUGGCAUCAUGUCUUUCUACAAAGAUAAUUACAUAGUUUGUUUAAGAAAGCUUGGACAUGGUUCAGUAACCCUUCAUUUACUGGAUAAAGAUGGAAGGUCAUGUAUAUUCAAAGAUAAUGAUUUCAUAGACUCCAACCUUCAUUUUGCAUUUGUUUUAAUUGGUUUUUAAAAUACUGAGAUUCAGCUGGCUAGCUACUUUUGUCCCUAAUGGUUUUGAAAUAUGAUUUUUUGCAUCUCACUUCCCAUAAUAAAUACAGUAUGGAAUAUAA